AUGUAUCCUACGAAGAGUACGUGCGAUUACAUGACUGAAAUAAACCGUUUAUUCCCUCGGCCGACUGAAAAUGAUCCUUACCGGUCUCCAAGUGCACUGCCUAACAUGACAAUAAGUUCACCAUUCAGACAAUCCACACCAGUGAACCGUUCAUCAAGCUCAGCAGACUCUCUAUCUCCAGAUUCCUUCCCAGACCUGUCUCACCGCUCAGACAUGGACAGACAAUCCUUCGAGACCCCGUUUGUAGUCAGACGUCAACGUCCGAUCAUAGGACGAAGGAUUUUUGACAAUACUGAGCCACCACCAACUUUAAAACCUCUUGAACAUGAUAUUGAGUUCUCUAAUUCAAUUUGGCAGCCAGAUGAACACAAUUUAUUCCCACCUACACCACCAAGCGUCAAAAUUGAACAAAAGAACUACACACAGAACAUAUUCUAUGAAUUGUUCCCCACUGAAAAGAAAGGAUUUGAAUUCAAGCCUCCGGUCAAACUAUCUCCAGUAUCAAACUACACUCCAUCACCAAAUUAUUCACCGACCACACCAACUACAAAAUUGCCACCAAGAAUGCCAACUUCACCAUUCAGGGUGCCGAGCAGACCGAACUAUGCCCCAAGUUCUUCAAGACAUCAGGAUUCAAAGUCGGAUAAAAUGUGCACAUUUUGUAGGAAGAAUGGAGAAACUCCGAUAGUGUAUAUGACCCAUUGUGUGAGGGAGAAUGUUGGCAACCAGAGCAUUGUGACCUGUCCUAUUUUGAGCACAUACUGUCCAGUACUCCGUAGCAGCAACAAUGGCAGACCGCUGCAGUCCACCACCAUUACACUGAAAAACACCAGGAUAAAAAGCAAUGGUAGGAGACGAUUUUAA